CGUUUCCUUCCAUCGAUAUGCAGAGCAAGAGAUCCUUCUCGUGAAUGCAAGCUUUCAUUUAUAAAAUACCGCACUCCAACGAAAGGGCCAGGCGUACUGCACCUUUUUCCUACCUUUCGGUCGAUCAUGUCCCUCUGUCGCGAACGUUCCCGGAAGGUUUCUGGUCAAGAGUCAGAUUUUUCCGAAGACGACGCGGGCGGACACGCCGACGGCGAGGAUGCGUCGGGCCAGGCCAGCGGGUCCCGAGAUUGGGACUUUGACCAGGAAGACGGCUCCGGGCACCUCUCGGACGCGGAGUGGUGCACAGAUUCCGGCAAAUCGUCCUCGGACUCGGACUCAGACUCGGACUCAGACUCAGAUUCAGGCUCGGACUCUUCCUGCGCGCCACGGUCGCCGCCGCAGUCUGACCCGGAGUCCAACUCGAAAACUCGGGUCAGCCCGUCUCCGGCGCCGACUCCCGUCGAGCGGAAUCCACUGGUCCCGCCCAAAGCCACGUACGGGGGACUCGGCCGUCGUUGGUUGCCGGCCGCUGAGGCGUUCCGCGGGAAGGGAAGGAACAGGUAUCGCGGCCGCGGAGGUCGCGGCUGGUACGGCCUGUCGUGCUCCUACGACGAAGACUUCAAGGUCGAGGGCAUCGAGCUGUACUUCAAGACCGUCGGCUCGGCGCCCUCCUUCCUCCAGCUGGAGAUCGAGAAGGUCACCAUCGACCUGACGGCGGCUGCCAAGGAGCCCAUACUGUUCCAGCGGGUCACCUACAACGGCAGCCUGGUCGUCGUCGUACGGUCGGCUGAGGCGGCUGCCAGGCUGCUGCGCGUGCGGUACAUCGCCGGCCACAAGGUGGGCGUCAAGGUUUUCGCCGAUGAGAGCAACAACGUCGGCAAGAUCACCAACGUGCCGCUGGCCCACUCGGACGAGCAGCUGCAGGAGUGGUUCGUGUCCCAAGGAGUUAUCCACGCCCGUCGCCAGGUGGUCUACAAGCGCCAAGUUGACGAACGCGUCGAACGCGUGCCCACCUUCAACGUGAUCCUCACCUUCAGGCCGGACAAAAGGAUGCCCACAACCGUGGUCCCGAAGCCCGAGGUGGCCAAGUUCCUCGGCGACCGGCCUUUCGUCGUGCGGCCCCACUACGAGCCGCCGGUGCAGUGCAUGUGCUGCCAGCGCUUCGGCCACAUGGCGCGCUACUGCCUGCGCACGCCCCGCUGCAAGGUGUGCUCGGGCCCGCACAGCUACAAGACGUGCGAGCGCAAGGGCACGCCCCGCUGCGCCAACUGCCACGGCCCCCACGCGGCCACGUUCACACGCUGCCCGCUGCGCCGCCUGGCGGCAGUGGAGAAGCGCUGGGCGUACGAAACCAACGACGACGAAUGAACGGACAGCGCGUUCCAUUUUCCCUGUGCAAGGGGCGAGCCGAUGGUGAAUUCCAAUUGGCCGGGGUUCGGAGCGCCUCGUUUCGCUGGCCUUCUUUCGAAAAUCUGUCGGGAUCUAUGUCUACCCACUUCGCGAGCAAGUGCACCCCCCCCCCCCCACCGCUAGCAACGAAUACGAAACUAUGAGCCCCUAUUCGUGAAGAGAAAAGAGCAACGAACAAAAAUAAGAUCUUAUUCCACAGUACUGUUCGCAAUCUGAUGCCGACCAAUCGUGCUGCUGUGGUACAAAUUGUUAGGGAAGGUAGCCGGCAAAUGGCAUGCAAGCAGCAUUCACAUUCGAAAAGCGUUGUCGCUUCCGGCAUAGCACAAGGUAGGGUUUAUUAAAGGUGUGAAUCUUCACCUAUCGAUGUCUAACCUUUUUUACCUAAAUAAGAAUAAUAAGGUAAAUAAUGGCAAAAAUAAAUACUGCUAAUGUGAGGCCUAAAGCUAACAGAGUCUUCAGCAAUCGCAGGAAAAAUUGAAAGGAGCCACCAGCUUCGACGCCAAUUGUCAGGUUACAGCACGUGCAUAUGACGGCAGGCGGUGAUAUUAGCUAUGUGUAUGCAAUUGCCUUGCAGAUUUUAGCAAUAUGGACAGUACAAUCACACAUAAGGAAAAAUAACCAAAACAUGCAAGGCCACGCUGCUGUGGCAUAUAUGUUAAGGAAAGAGCGCCGCUCAGCUAAGAAUAUUGCGAACAUGUGCACUUUUAAUAUUAACGGAGUUUUGACUGUACGGCUGAAACGAAAGCGCCAACGGAAGUAACACUCCAACAUCCAGAAUCCCUUGCGUUUGUGACGUCAGUGUCGUCAUCGCAGGCAAAUGCGUCCUCCACAACUGCGACAUUUGGAGACGUCGUUCGUAGCGUAAUUUUCGCCCACUACAUUAUAGUGAGCAAAAAAAAAUCACGUGCGAGGGAAAUACAGUGUAAACACAUCACAGGUUUCGCAUUAUACUCCCUACCUAAAAAUCACUACCAAUAUUGCGUGUAGCUCCUUUUAUUUGAGCCGCUCCGCGGAGCUUCUUUUUCUUUUUUCUGCCCGAAACGCCAAAACACGGAGCGCAGCAUUAAAACAAUAGGUGGUGUCCAAAUCCAAGCCCCGGUGACGGUUCUCUCUCAGUAAAAGAAACAGAUCUCGAAGGUUAUGCUCUUGCGGGCUGCAUGCACCGGAAGUGAUUUCGGAGCCCGAAAACACGCCACGGGCACCAAGUUUUUGGGAUUCACAAAAGGAAAAGCAUGGAGCUCAACCAGACGCACCUCCGGUUGCCAUGGACAAGUAAUAGCGCAAUGUUAUCCAAGUAAUGGGCCCAAACACAAUUUCACUACACAGAAAACUUAAUCAUGUUUAUGCCUGCCCAUGUAGAGCACAUUUUUACAAAAAAAAAAACAUACACACAUUGAUAUUUUUCGGUCAGAAGUUAUAUAGCAUAGUAUUUGAUUACUCAGUGAUUGGUUCGUUGAACAAAUCACAAAUGUAAAUUCAGUCCAGCGUGUCCAAAACGUUGCUAUAGUCUAUGCUGUACGUUUCCCAUGCUUCAUUCAGAAUGUUUGUGUAUCAAACACACCCCGGCAUAUAUGAUACGUUGAGGAUUACAGGGCUAAAGAAUGAAAAGGCAUGCAAUAUGGAUGACAAUUAUUGUUCGGGGAUAAGCAGCAGAGGAUGCAAACAUUCUUAGAAGAGUACAUCAGGGGGGCUGCCACUCGGCUCCGCCCAAUUUUGCCGUGUGGUCCGUGGAGUGCUGCACGAAGUCCUUCGUCUCACCUCCAGAUUCGCGUUGUCUGAAUCUGCAAUUGGAAUGUUCCAGAUCUACCACUAGAAGAGGUUUGCUCCAGAAAGAGCAAUAAUUGUUGCGCCAGAAGUGCUCUGAAUCCACCAUUGGAAUUCACCAAUAAUUUUGCCCUGACAAUCGUUCUGGACAGCCCCGAGGAAGAUGGCGGCGGUAGAGGAGAGCAUCGUGCUAAGAAAUGAUGGUCAUCAUCAUCAUUAUUGAUGGACAAUCAGGUGCGUCGGUGCAGUUAAAAUGUAUUUUUUUCUUUUUCUACCUGUUCUGCUAGAAAAUAACAAAA